GCGUCGCCCGGCAAGUGCUCUGGUGGGCAUUUCUUUCGAUCAUCUUUGCAUCACGUCCGACUACAAAUCCCGAAUUGUUGCGAGAGAAGUUGAGUUGCUUAGUUUGAUUUGUCUUCACCUCAAAUUUACGAUGUCUGGACGCGGCAAAGUCAACAAGAAAUCGAAGUCGACAUCGCGAAGCUCAAGGGCAGGUUUACAGUUCCCUGUCGGUCGUGUUCACAGAUUUCUCAGGAAAGGUAAAUAUGCACAUCGUAUUGGCUCCGGUGCAGCUGUGUACAUGGCUGCCAUCUUAGAAUAUUUGACAGCUGAAAUCCUGGAGUUGGCCGGCAAUGCAGCACGUGAUAACAAGAAGAGCCGUAUCAUCCCACGCCAUCUUCAACUAGCUAUCCGUAAUGAUGAAGAAUUGAAUAAGCUACUCUGCCACGUGACCAUUGCCCAGGGUGGAGUCAUGCCCAACAUCCAGUCGGUUCUGCUUCCCAAGAAAACUGGCAAAAACAAGGGUCCACCAAGCCAAAGUGUGGAAUUCUGAGAGUACAAUAAACCCGACUUGCAACCUAGGGACAUUAAUUUUGUCACUCGAUUUACGGGUUUGAAUCUAACAAUGAGACAUUUAGAUUUAUCUCUUUGAUCUAAAAAGUGCUUUCACGCUUUGCCAUAGUUUCACUUAGAAAUUAAGUGCAAAGAAUGCCAAACGAUUUACACGUUUUUACUUCACUAAGAAAUUAAAUUUAGCCAGGAACAGCCUUAGAAAGAUAAAUUUACAGUUGUACUGGGAACUUGUAUCGACAGCAAUGUUUUUCCAAACAAAUGGCAUUACCAUUUCAAAGGCAUUAGUAUAAGCAUUUAACAGGACUAUCAUUAAUGGUUUUAUCUUCUGUAUAGUUGUGAAAAUUUAUCAUUGUUUAUUUUGUGUUUUAAUGUAAAUAAAUCGAAGUCGUAAAUAACCCGUGGCAUGUUUCGUGCGUCUUCAUUCAAAUCGGUAUGAUGUCGUGACUCGGAUAUUUCUAAAUUUCGCUGUAGAUUUAUAAUUGCAACUUGGUCUGAAAAGUAUCCAAGUCUUGGUUUAGCUGGAGGAAUGGAUCUUUCAAUUCUAAAAGGUUCAUAAAAAAAUGAAAAUAACUUUUCCGAUUCACAAACUACUUGAUGUUGGAAUCUAUAUAAAGCCAUCGGACUUGCAGACAUGAAUUGCCAUAAAGCGCAGCUAAAAGUCGUAAUAGUUGAGUUUAGUACAUGUA